GGCUUCACAGUGGUCUGGCUACCUGCCUCCUGGUUAGCUAGAUAACUAACUAGCUAGUCUUGGGAUGGCUGCAGAAAGAAUCAUAUCAGCAGUUUCAGACUACCCAGAAUUAUAUAACUCAACUUUGACUUCAUAUAGGGACCCGAUAAAAAAAGCUGAUGCAUGGAAGGCUGUGGGUAAACAAUUGGGACUGAAAGGUAUGGUCUGAUUAACACGCUAAGAACAGUAGCAUACAUUUGGGCUAACUAAGUUAACGUGAGUAAUGAGUAACAUUUUUAACGUUACUAGCUAGCUAGAAAACGUGUUCUUCGCUAACGUUAGUUAUUAAGUUUGACAUAUCUGACAAUAUUGUGUAGACUAGCUUGAUAUAUUUUCUAGCGAACAACAUCGUUCACACUGAGUUUGUUGACUUCCAGGUCUAUGCUAGCUAGCUAGCUAGCUACUGUUUUGCCUGGUUAGUUUGUAACGUUAAUUGUUUGCGACCCUUAACUGUUCCUCACUCUUUAUUGUUUUGUUAAUUGCAUUGGAAUAGUUGGCUACGUUGAUUGAUUGAUUAGUAAUGCUGAUUGCCUUGGUCAAUAUACCUUGGAGAGUGAAGUUAGCUAACCACAGGGGCAGUGUGUCACGGUUUGUUUACUAGUUAGCUAACGUUAGCUAGCUAACGAAUUAACUUGCUACCUAAGGUGAACCAGUUGAGUGGGCACUCAUGAUUUGCACCACCAGUGUCCCACCAAGAAAAAUGUUGGUUGCUACACCAGCAGUUUAUUAACGAUGAUUAGGUCAGUGUUAGUAUAAGAAUAUAAUCCAAUGAUUUAACAAUAUUAUGUCAACACUGGAGAUAAACUCUUAGUUAGAGCAGUGCAAGCCAUUUUAUCCACUGACAACGUAAUGCUACGCUAUAGAGACGGGGUCUUUACGUAUCCUAGCUCUGUUUAUGAAUUUAAGUGGUUAGUCCGACAACGUCUACAUUUGUGGGAACACAUUGCUCAUCCAAAUGACCAUGCAUAAAGCACUGGUAUAGCCAUAAGGAAAAGUUCAACAGAACAGACUACUGUCAAACUUGGAUAACCUCUUUUUCUGUUCCAGAGGAAGAUGCCCGAAAGAAAUGGAGAAACCUGAGGGAUGUGUUCACAAGGAAAGUGAAAGCAGAUCGGAUUCGUGGUGCCACGGGGAAAGCCCUAAAAAAAUGGAGAUAUAGUGAGUUAAUGGCAUUUCUGAUCCCAUACAUACAACGAGGUAGAGGCUCUGGCAGCAACAAUAGCACAGAGGAGUUUGAUGAUGGAAAAGAUGAGACAACUAGCACCUCUGACGUCCUGAUUGAUCUAGAUGGAAGUGUGGUUGAUACCAAGAUGUCACCACCUUUGGACAACAACUUGCAUGAGAUGACAUGGAAAGAUUCCUGGCAAACAGCUGGACAAGGAGACAAUGAGGAUGAGAUGUUUUUCAUGAGCCUACUCCCUCACCUCAAGCGGUUACCUUACAGGAAAAAGUGUGCAAUUAAGCUGAAAUUUCAUCAACUUCUCCACGAUGCUGAAUUUGAGGACACUGACUAGCCUAACUGUACAGUACAGUGUAUCUCUUUUGUAUCAAUGAGUUGGGACUUUCUUAGGACAAAACAUUUUGUUGGAAAUACAUUUUAUCAAUUUUCAUUUAGUUACCUUGAGAAAGUGUCCAAGAGUGCUUCUUUGGAACCCCUCCCUCCCAGACAAACCUUCCAAGUUUGAGCCCACUGGUGAUGUCUCAGUGUGGUAGUGAUAGACUGGAGAGGGGCUGUAGUUCUUAACCGAACUAAGCUAGAAACAUUAUUUUUUGUUUUAAAUGUUUGUCGCCUAAUAUUUGUGGAGAGGGCUGCUGUUAACAAAGACCCUUUAUACAUACGAACACAUGAAAAUUGAGCUUGUUUGUAACUUUGAAUUUUAUUUGUAAAAAAUAUUGUAACCAUGUUGGUCAAUAUUUUGUGUCACCUUACCCUCUGGUCACAUUCAUCUUUGAUAAUCAUACAGGCAUAGCCAAGGGAAGAUGUUUGGGGGUGGGGGCAUGCAGAAAGAAAGUAAAAAGGCAGCGCUACAGACCGCUAUAUCGGUCUGCUAAUACAGGAC